AUGACCAGCGCAGCACAGACUCCGCCGGGUGUAUAUAAUGUGCGCCAACUGGUGGUCAGUAUUUCGCCGCUGCUGAACGCCAUCGUUUCUCAGCUCGGCGAGGGCCCUCCCACCGACCCCCCUGCUAGGUCGGUCCUCGUUGAUGGGCUUGCCGCCUCGCUGGCGACGACGGGACGGGAAUCGACUCUACCCUUGACGCACUCGACACAGGACACGGCUCGCCGGGAGAUUGCAUACCAAGCGACGCGGGUAGCAAAGACGCUCAUCCGAUACGUCCACGACGCCGCGGGGCCCUCGGCUGCUGACGCAAGCCUGCGCAUCCGAAGCCCCUGCGAAGGUCAUCUCUGGACGCCUGCCGUAGCCUCGCUGCUUUUGGGGCCCCGAAGCAACGCGCAGCUGAUGGAGCUGUAUAACGAGUGGCUGCACCGCAUGAUCCUUUUGCGCGACAGCCUCUUGCCAUUUGAGAACUUUGACGAGGUCCCGCUCGUCAUUCCCGAGGGAUCCCAAGGCAUACGCGACGUCGAGGAGCCCCGGAAAUUGUUUCUCGUGCACUGCCUGACGGGCUCGGUGCAGCACACAGCGAUCGUCAACCUGUCCAAAGUCUUUACGACGCGGAAGCUCCCACCAGGCGGCUAUGGCUUUCAGUACUCUCAGGGCCUCGUCCUGCCCGCUUUCCUCUCCGGAUCCCGGUCCUUGCAUCUCCUCCGAUACCAUCCCGCACGGUUCGACAACUCCGAGACAGAGGUUCUCUUCGACUACGAGCACCCAGACUACUUCAGCGCACCACGGUCUGAAGUGCACAAAAAAGAGACGGCAGUACCCGCCGACGGAUGGAACUUGAGCUCCCUCUUGAGGACGCGCACCGCCGUGACCGAGUCCUCCUUUGCCAUUGACGGUGGCAACGACAGUCUGCGGCGCAUCGUCAAGCUCAGACUGACCCUCGACUCGGGGACAUGCGUGGCCAUCGACCUCGGCCAGAUCGCCCGCGGUCGCCGUUACGCCUACGAAGUCACAUCCAGGAGCAAGACGAACGGGACCGGCAUCGCGGCCAUUGCGAAGCACUUUCCCUCUACAGCCCUGGUGCACAGCACCGCCGACAUCUUGUCUCAGCCGGGCCUUGUCACUUCACCGCGAGCGCAGGAAGGCAGCCCCAGCACCAUUCACAUCAUCCCGGCCCCCGAACCAGUCAUCAAACUCGCGCUUCUCGGAAAGCUGUACCCCGAGAACGUCAUUUUAUUCAGGGACUUGGACGAUUUGGAUGCCAUUACCAGGACUGGGAAGGGAUUCGCCGAGCGCUUUGUGAUCUUUGAUGACUAUGAGAAGAGCGUGGCGGCACUGGGAGCAUGA